GCCCACUGCGCAUGCGCCGGGGCUGUCACGACUCGGACGCCGCUGCGGUGCUGCAGGUGGAAACAUGGCGAUGAAGGCGCUCAGAGGGAUGGUGAACGGGGCCAUGAGCGAGCUGUCCUCGGCCGUCAGCGGGAGCAGACCUCCGGCCGCCGCCCCGGCCUCCACCGCCGCCUCCCGGGAGCAUGUGAUGGCCGUGAAGAGGGACUAUAUCUCCCAGCCCCGCCUCACCUAUAAAACGGUGUCUGGAGUCAAUGGUCCGCUGGUGAUUUUGGAUCAGGUGAAGUUCCCGAGGUACGCAGAGAUCGUCCAUCUCACGCUGCCUGAUGGUACCAAGAGGAGUGGGCAGGUUCUGGAGGUCACUGGCUCCAAAGCUGUGGUUCAGGUGUUCGAAGGAACGUCAGGUAUCGAUGCCAAGAAGACGAGCUGUGAGUUUACAGGAGACAUCUUACGGACACCUGUCUCUGAGGACAUGUUGGGUCGUGUGUUUAAUGGAUCUGGUAAACCCAUCGACAGGGGACCAGCAGUCCUGGCUGAAGACUUCUUGGACAUAAUGGGGCAGCCUAUAAACCCUCAGUGUCGUAUCUACCCUGAGGAGAUGAUCCAGACCGGAAUAUCUGCCAUCGAUGGCAUGAACAGCAUCGCCAGAGGACAGAAAAUACCCAUCUUCUCUGCUGCAGGGCUUCCACACAAUGAGAUCGCAGCUCAGAUCUGUCGGCAGGCCGGUUUGGUGAGGAAGUCCAAGGACGUGAUGGACUACAGCGAGGACAACUUUGCCAUCGUAUUUGCAGCCAUGGGGGUGAACAUGGAGACAGCCAGGUUCUUUAAGUCCGACUUUGAGGAGAACGGUUCCAUGGACAACGUCUGUUUGUUCCUCAACCUCGCCAACGACCCCACCAUCGAGCGAAUCAUCACGCCUCGUUUAGCUCUGACAUCAGCAGAGUAUCUGGCCUAUCAGUGUGAGAAACACGUCCUCGUCAUCCUCACUGAUAUGAGCUCCUAUGCAGAGGCUCUCCGAGAGGUGUCUGCAGCCAGGGAGGAGGUGCCGGGCCGGCGAGGUUUCCCCGGUUACAUGUACACGGAUUUGGCCACCAUCUACGAGAGAGCUGGCAGAGUAGAAGGACGUAACGGCUCCAUCACCCAGAUCCCCAUCCUCACCAUGCCCAAUGACGAUAUCACUCAUCCUAUUCCUGACCUGACCGGGUACAUCACUGAGGGACAAAUCUACGUGGACAGACAACUUCACAACAGACAGAUCUAUCCUCCUAUCAACGUGCUGCCGUCUCUCUCCCGUCUGAUGAAAUCUGCCAUCGGCGAGGGAAUGACCCGCAGGGACCACUCUGAUGUUUCCAACCAGCUUUAUGCGUGUUAUGCCAUAGGGAAGGACGUCCAGGCCAUGAAGGCAGUGGUCGGGGAGGAGGCUCUGACUGCUGAUGAUCUGCUCUAUCUGGAGUUCCUGACAAAGUUUGAGAAAAACUUCAUCUCCCAAGGUGCCUACGAGAACAGGAGUGUGUUUGAGACUCUGGACAUCGGAUGGCAGCUCAUGAGGAUCUUCCCCAAAGAGAUGCUGAAGAGGAUCCCUCAGAGCACCUUAGCUGAGUUUUACCCCCGAGAAGCCAAACAUUAACCAAACACACUCAUCCGUGUCCCUACCAGCCGCUUCCAUCUGUUUCAGUGAACCCUCACUGCACACAUGCUGUAAAGUGUUGUGCCGUCACAUACGACGUGAUGCUGUAACCGUCCUGACACUCGUGACAUUCAUGUGGCCUUGCCAACACGCCAUUCCUGCUUAACCGACCAGAAACACAGGGAGGAAAACUCUCAGACAUGCACAGAUGUGUUUACAGUGUGAAUGUAGAGGAAGGGAGUAAUGUGUCUGUGUGGGUGAUUAAGAUGAUGAUGAUACUUUGAUUAUUGUGUCAUGCCUAUAAUUAUCCAACGAUACAACUCAAAGUCCAAAAAUAAAGAAAAAAAUCUAUAUAACUUCCACAGAGCAAAUGGCUAAAUUCAGAGAAGUCACAGUAAACACCUUCUUGCCUUCUUUUCCACGCUUCAGAGAUAAGAUUAGCAAUGUUACAGGGAAAGGUCGACAUUUUGGGAAAUAUGCUUAUUAUACCUCUGUAAAAGUCCCGCCUCCUUUUUUGCUCAGUGCUCCAAUCACGGUUGAGCAAGCCUCAGUCAACUUCCUCCUUUCCUGCACUUAGAUAUGCUAUAUGCUAAGCUAAUCUAUGCUGAAAAGACAACCACAUUUUGAAGAUGGUUAAAAGAAAAAAGUGAAAUAUAUAUAGUCACAUCUUAAUUAGCUAUUAUUAGCUAAUGUUAGCAAAACACAAGCCAACUAAUCUACAUCAGUUGUUAGUAGUUAUAUAGCUAGUUACACCUGAAAGCUAAUGUUAGCAAAAUGUUAGUUAACCAGCUAAUUUACAUCAGUUAUUAGUCAUUAGUUUUUGCUGACAUUGAAAGAUUUUUCUAAUUUUUCUAAGCUUUUCUUCAAAAUGAGUAAAAAAAUAUGUUGAUGGAAACACGGCUGGUGUUAACGGCACAGUGACAUCACAGAGUCCUGGAGUACACCUGUGUGUCACUGCAGCAAAAUGAGCACUUUCACCACUGGAGGGCAGUAAACAAGCCUUUCAGGGGAUGUUCACUUACUCUUUAACUUUGUUUAUUUUCCUUCAAACCUGGAGAAAAGAUUUAUUUUAUCAGAAACUAUUCAGAGAUAUAAAACAUAUCAGUCUCGUGAAGCUCAUGGAAAACUCAAAAACCCUCCAAAUAAACCCCCUGCUGUUUGUUCUUUACAGGAAAGAAUAAAGCUUUAUCUGUCUAAACCUACUGCAGCUAAUUUUUUAAAAACAGAUUCACCCGAGUGAACUUAAAAGCUUGAUGACAGGCGCGUGUGCUCAUUAAAAUGUUUUCUUUUGGCGGUCAGCGCACAUUUCCUGUCCUUGUACACGCCAUAUGAUUGUGACAGACUGUCAUGUACUGCCUCAAGGUACAAGGCCUUGUUUGGAAGAAUGGGAUUUUUGCACUUGACACUAGCUUUGAUACUUUUUAAGAAAGCCAUGUCUGUAAAGGGAGAGCGAGGAGAGGGAAUUACAUUAACGAAGAUGAUGUUUGAGGAAGCUGUGUGGUUCGUCCAUUCAUUAAUGUUUGAUGUUGCUGUUCUUUCUUUACAUUCUUUUAUUCUAACGCUAAAAUUGAAGUGAUGAUUCACGUUUACUGUGAAUGUGUUUAGGUUCUCUACUUUCAGCCUUGAAAUGUCUUUAAAUGAUGUGUUUCUGUUUCCGCAGUGUGUGCACUGGAUGUAUUAAUGACGUAUUAAUGCUUGCAUGCAUUGUUGUUGAAUGUUUCCUGUUGGUGCCUCAAAUAUUACAUGAAAUAAAAGCUGCUGCCUCUCAUUUAA